GCAAGUUUGGGUGAAGGAGUCAGGGCCAGUGUCCGCUCCGCACCGGGAGGGAGACACCGUACGCGGGCUCGUCCAUGGGGGUGUUGGCUGUUAUCGCCAGCCUAGCGCGUAAUUGUCUCAGCAAGACAAGAAAAACAACGAGGAAACACUAGCGAGGAAAAAAAAAACGUUUUACGGAGAUAUUAUCUGGACAAGACAUCUCUUCAUUCUCUUGCACUGCGCGGCCCCCUCCCUCCCCGGAGACCCCCAGAAGAACGACCACCCAAAGAAAAUCCCAUUAGACCAAGCUUUGCUAAUACGUGAUGCACCUUGAUCCUCAGAAAAAAAAUCGACACCGGCUAUUUUUCUUAUGACCGACGUUACUGGACUUCAGCCCGUAAGACUGUGAAGUGUUGCCACACUGAGGUUCGGCUCUCGACUCCAAGUCAUAAUCUCAUUCCUUAAAAGUAACGUUAACUGGGCUGUUUGCCGCCUUUUUGUUUUGUUCAAAUCUUUGAUUCGGUUUCGGCGGAGUUUUCUUCUUGUUUUUCUUUCUCCUGUCCGUUUUAAAACGACAAUGGUCUGACAGUAGACCGCUAUAGAGCCAGAUUGCUAAACGGUGACGCGACGUGUAUUCAUGCGUGCAGAACGAUCCUAUAAACGAGCGGACGAUUAUUCGAAUAGAUUUUUAACUAAACACGGGAAAUUUGUGUAAAUUACCACUCCAACAGGAAAGUUUCACGACGCUUCGAGGCGAAGCCAGCACGACCAUAUUAUUUUCUCAGUUUCUCCAAAAGAGACAGAGACAUCUAGAAUAAAUGGUCACAACCAGGGAGGAUCUCUAAAGAAAUUAAGACAAGAACAGGAAACAAGACAUAAUUAGGUAAAAGGCUCUGGGCUGCACCCAUGCUUUUCUUAGAUGAGCCACUAGACCUAAAGCUGCCCAGGGGGCACCUUAAUGGGCAGAGUAGAGCCAUGUCACCGCCUACUCUUAUCUCCUCUCGAGUCCAUGCCAAGAGGGUUGGGCAUCUGCCAAUUGGUGAUGAUGGGGCAGCGGAUAUUGUUCCAGCCUCCCCUGCCUCUCCCCACAUAGGUGUACCCUUGGUGCCUCAGAAGAAUUCUGAACUCCUAACACCUCCAGCAGUGGACCUCAGUAUUUCUCCAUCCUCUCACCUCACACCCUGCUCCCCUGAGCUUACUAAUGGAAAUGCCUCUUCUCAUUUGUUUUCAGGGGACUCCACUCACAUCCGUUAUGUUGAGGGAGGGGCCCCUUCACAAGCCUUUCAGUUCUUUUUACCAAUUGGAGGAGGAGGAAGGCUCCAUCUGCCAUCCUCAAUGUUUAUUGGCCAGCCCAAGGAUAAAAGGGCCUCACCUGACCUUUCAGCAGAUGAACAGUUAUCCUGUCGAUGGAGGAAGUGCCAGUUGCUUUUUGACUCCUUGCAAGAUUUAGUGGACCACGUAAAUGACUUUCAUGUAAAGCCUGAGAGGGAUUCUGGGUAUUGCUGCCAUUGGGAGGGCUGUGCACGUAAAGGAAGAGGCUUUAAUGCAAGGUACAAAAUGUUAAUCCACAUUCGUACACACACCAAUGAGAAGCCGCACCGCUGCCCUACCUGCAAUAAGAGCUUUUCACGUUUGGAAAACCUCAAGAUCCAUAAUCGUUCGCACACAGGUGAGAAGCCCUACAUUUGCCCUUAUGAAGGCUGUAAUAAGCGGUACUCAAACUCCAGUGACCGCUUUAAGCACACCCGUACGCAUUAUGUGGAUAAGCCAUACUACUGCAAGAUGGCUGGCUGUCUGAAGCGUUACACAGACCCAAGCUCUCUGCGAAAGCACAUUAAAGCCCAUGGGCAUUUUGUGGCUUCACAGGACCAGCAGACAAAUCCCAGAGGGGGAGUUGGAGGACAAGGAGGGGGCGGGGGCUCACCUGUGCUAAAGCCAUCUCAUAUCACAGGGAAAGAGUCUGAGCUGAGCUAUGCCCAUAUCAUCCUCCCUAGUGCAGCAGCUGCUCUCCUAGGAACCUCCCUGCCCUUGUCUCCUUUGAGUCCUCGACCCCUGGACCUAAGCAUGCUGGGAAGUCCCAGCUCGCCUGUCCUGUCUUUCAAUGGCCUGGCUAAGUCCCCAUUGCUGCCCCCUGCCUUCUCAUCCUCAGCCCUUGGCUUGCCUGUUGUGCCUGUGUUGUGCUCAGAUCGCAGAGGACAGGCAAAGGGCAGUUCUAGAGUAAAUGAGGGUGAGGAUGAGAGCCCUAGAGGCAUUCUCAACCUCUCCACAGGAACAUCCCAUGACCCCUUAUCCUGGGUAGUUAUACCUUCAGGCUCUUUAAUGUUGAAGCCAGCUGUGGUCAACUGAAAUGGAGUGAAGGAAGGGGAAAAGGGGAAGCACAGGGAUCAAAGGUCAAAGGGACGAUUUUUCAUUUUUAAAAAUCAACAGCUGUUCAUGUUCCUUUGAAGUUACAUGUCUACCCAUUCAUUUUCACCAUUGUCAUUUUCAUUUUGUAUCUGUUUAUAACCCACUGAGUUUUUUAAGAAACCAAAAGGUUCCAUAAAUAUUCUGUUACUGACUAAGUUCCUGUUUAACCUCUCUCUCAUACUGCAGAACAUGGAGCAAGCUAAGCUUUACUGCUUUAUCAGCCUUUAUUGGAUCUGCCCCACUGUUCAAAUAUAGUAUUAACAAUAAUACAGCUUUUUAAACUAUUACACACAUGUUAAACUUGUCAUAGUCAGGUCACUUUUUUAAAAGUACCGUUAAUUCUGUAAGGCACUGCAAAACACAGUUGACUUUGUGAUUACUGUUUGUUAUCUAAAACAGAUUUUUUUUUUUCAAUUUAUGGGUAGAAGGGUUGUUCUGUGAAGCUACCAUCUACGAUUUUUACCACAGCAUGGUAUGUACUCUGGAUACUUUAAAGUUUAAAACAAGUCAGUUGCUUUGGUGGUAAUGAUGUUACCGUAAAAUGUCUGGCCUGUUCGAUUCUUACACUGCCACAUGUAGAGAAACUGGGACUAUCAUUUUUUAAGUAUAUAGAAAACUGCAUGCACACCAGCUGGAACAAUCAGAUUUAUUUUUAGAUGUUUAUAGCUACUUAAAAUUUGUGUUGGAGUCUUCUAAUCAAUCCAUUACUGCUAUAUCUCCCUAUUUAACUAGAUAGAAAACUGGUCCUUUGAAUUUUUUCUGCAUCACAGGAACUAAUACCUAGGAGUGAUUACAUGCCUAAAUUUUGUGGGUUCCUUAGAGUUUCUGAAAAUCCUCCUUAGAUUUCUGCAGUGGAAAAUGUUUAAUGGACAGAGAUACUGUGUAAGAGAUAAUACAAACUGAAGUCUUAAGAAUCCAUACUUGUGUUUUAGUAACUUUUUAUUUUUUAAUAUUUAACAGGCAUCUCUGGACGUCAGUGUGUGUGACACACCAAGUACACCUUAUGUAAUGAUUAUUAGUUUGAUAUCACCCUGUGGUGAACUGUAAAACUAGUUUGAGGGCUUUUCAUAUAAGCAUUCUGAUAAUGCAGGUAAAUAUACCAUGCAUGUAUUUUUUAUUCAGGCAGCGCCAUACUGAUUUCAGUCAUCUUUGUCAGUGGAGUCUGUAUGGUAGGUUAAAAUGAUUGUUUAUUUACUUCAGAGGACAAUCAGUGCAUUUCAUAGGGCUAUUUUAGUCAUACAGAAAUACUGUUCGUUUCCCACAGACAGACAAACCUCUAGUGAGAGCUGCUAUACUGUCUGGCUAACUGCUAGUCUAUUACAUUGAACUGAGGCUUCAGGUUGCUUCAGACAAUCUGUCUUCUCAAAAACAGCCAACCAGCAUUAUUUACAGGUUUGAGUCUGGCUUAUUUUAGAUAGUAACAGACACAAGACUCAGCUGAGUUUUAAGGUAGACAAAGGUGUUGUAUUUUGCAUACCACCGCAAUGUAGAUGACUGUGGCACUAAUGCCACCUGUUGGACAACCUUACACACUAUGCUAGCAAACCAUGGCACAGAUCCAUUUUCUGUGACAAAUCCUGGCAGCAAAUGUCGAGAAGACAGCACACUGUGUACAUAAAACACUCACAUGCAGACAAACACAAUUAGUGUGCAGUACUGGCCUCUGGGUCAAAUGUGAAAAAGUGACUUUUGCAGGCAUAUACACUAUGCCAAUUUUUUUUUACUUCAGUACAGCUUAAAAAAAUUACAUUCAUUUUCUACAAAAAAGUGGCUCUUCUGUUUACAGAUACUUAUAAUCUACAUUUAAGAGCUCUUUCUUUAAAAGUACUUGAUUAGAUUUUACUACCAAGUCUCCUCACCUGAAUAAAAAUGUUGAAAUGUAUUUUCAACACAAGUAUAUCCUUUUAUGACUGAGCUUUUCAGAACAUUCCUCAAAACCAUUAGUUGCCUGCAAAGACUUGAAAUGAUAAUUCAGUUUUAAUGAGAAAUUAAAUCUUGGACAUUCAUGUCCAUCAUCUGUAUUUCCAAUCCCUGACCCCACCUCAAGCUCCAACUUAAAAGCCAUACAAUUCCAGUUUCAUUGAAAAACACUACGUGACUAUUUUACAUUUGUUAUAUGGUUUGGACGAGACAUUUUAUCUGAUGUUGAUAUUGAUGUUGCUUUAUCUCCUUGGCUCUGCUAUUGCUGCUCUAUGCUGUGCUUUCUCCCUCAGAGCUUUGAGAAUGGAGGAUUGAAAAGAAAGUAUGGUGAGAAAGAUUGUCUAAGCAGUUUCUUUGAAAUGCACCAAUUCACCUCUAAGAUUCACUCCAGGGCGUUUUAGGUUAUGCAAGUUUAGUUUCAGCAACAAUAGGCAUCUCUUCAAGUCUUCCUGUCACUGUGAAGUUGUGUCUUAUGUUUUUAAAUUCAUAUUUUUUUUUAAUUUGUCAUGAAAAACAAUCAUUCAAAUUAUGUUUUUAGUAGGAACUUUGGUAACUGGUUUUAUGAUGCAGGCUUAUCACACAGUAUGUAAAUUCCAAAAUAAAUAACCAACAUAACUCCAGUGCCAAUGAAAGUAGAAAGACAGGAGAUUCAUGUCAGCUGAGUGAGUGAAGAGAAAUUUGCACUAUCUGCAUUGCAGACAUUUGCAUUGCUUCCAUGAAAAUUAGUUAAAUCUUAAAUAUCAUUUCCAAACCUAAUAUUUUACAUAUUCAUUUCUUUCACUUUCAGUAACCACUUUAUCCUGGUGAGGUUAAGAAUAUUCUGGGAGCACUGGGUAGGAGUGGGGACACACACUAAAGUCCAUUGCAGUGUACCAGCAUGUUUUUUGUGGGUGCGGGAUUAUAAUAGUUCACAGCACUGCUAUCACAGCAUUUUCCUAAAUUAUUAUUCACACAGAAUAAACUUCUUUUCUCCCCUCCACUCUUAUUUGCUCUUCUGAUAAUUUGAGAAAGCUCCUUAUGACACAGACCCUUCAGGGUCAAUAAUGUUUAAAUAUCAAAUAAGCUGUUUGAUUCAUUAACCCUUUGAGCACUUAAGAGAAGUGUGUUCUUGUUUAUGCAGUUUCCUUUAUAAGAGAAACAUUAGCAAUAAUUGAAAGUGUUGGGACAGUGUCCUCGUCUGGCAGGACCAGGACACAGAAAUACAGAAAUCUUUGAUCCAGUGAUUAACCACAGCAAGGGCAACAUGUAUACGGUACAAAAAGCACCAUUUCACUUUAAAAAAAAAAUUUGUGUAAUUUAAAGCAAUAUUAUAUAGACCUAUUUUCACUCUUGGAUAUUAAACUAAAAGAAUUUAAGUGCCAUAGUGGUGCCCAAAGGGUUAAUGCGUGACUAUGGCCAGGAAAGGCCGGUAUUGUUUUUUUUGUUUGUUUUUUUUGCACAUUGACAUUUUAAUAUCAGUAUUUCUUUUUUUUCCAAGUGCCUUUUAUUAUGAAUUAAAUAAAUGUGUAAGUGCAGACACACAUACACACACAGCCAUAACAUUAAAACCACCUAGGUGCCCCUUGCGCCACUGCGGUGCCAAGAUGUUGGUAGAAGAUCCUUUGGGUA